AUUACUGAUAAUACAAUGCGUAUUAUGGUCAGUUACUCACAAAUAAAUUAUAAAUUAUGUAAAUUUUUUAUUUCCUAGCUACCAAAAUUUAAAAAAAUAAUUGAAAAAUCAUGUCGGUGCCCUUAACAAAUGUUGAAGAGAAUAGUUGCAACAAAAAUAAGUCAUACUCUGUAGAAGUUAAUUUUACUGAACGGAUGAGGAGGGAAACAAGAAAAGAACACCGCAUUAGUGAUGCUUUAAUUAAUGCAAAAUUGACAAUAGGCAUGACAGAUAGCAAGGUAUGGGUGGAAGGAUUACGUCGAUUUUAUGUUGUAUAUCGCUACCUAGAAAUUGCAAUGAAAAAAGAAGACAAUCACAAUCUUCAUACAUUUUCCAAAAUUAAUGGGUUAUUCCGUACUGAACGAUUUGAAAGCAGUUUGCGCCACUAUUUAGGUGAAAAAUGGCUAAAAGCAUUAACAAAAACUAAAGCUACAGAAGAAUAUUUAAACUACUUGCAGCAGUUAGAAAAAGAAAGUCACACAUUAUUGUCACCUUUUAUUUACCACAUGUACAUGGGAAUAUUGUCUGGCGGUCAAGUGUUAAUGGCAAAACAAAGAAUGGCUUUUUCAGAUGGAAAGGGAUCAGAAGCAUUUUACUUUGAUAUUAAUGUAAAGGAAGCAAAAUGUGAACUUAAAAAAUCGAUGAAUGAAUUGGCUGAUAAACUGGAUGAUGAAACAAAACUUAGGCUGUUAAAAGAAAGUAAAAUGGUUUAUUUAUUAAAUAACAAAUUAGUAAAAGAAGUUAAAAUUCCUACUGAAGUUUUAUUAAUGAGGUUAAUGUUUGUUAUUGGGAUUUUUAUUUUUAUAAUUUUGUUAUGGAAAGUUUCAAAAACAUUUCUUAUGGUGUUAUUUUAAUUAAUAUGACAUAUGUUUAUAUAAUUUAUGAUCUUUAUUGGUGAAUUUAAAGACUAAUUUAAAACAAAAAUGUUUAAUAGAGUUUAUUUAAAGAAAAAUUACACAACAAUUUAGUUGUGUGUAAAUGGUAAAUUUGUAUGUACAGUAUAUUAU